AUGAGUUCUCAUAUCAUCACCCCUGGUCCCUAUAGGGCCACUAAACUAUGGAAUGAAGUUACAAAACUUUUCCGAGCCGGAAUGCCUCUGCGAAAGCAUCGGCAACAUUUUAGAGUUUACAGCAAUUGUUUCACCGCCGUUGAAGCUGUGGACUGGUUACACGACCUUCUAAGACACAACAUCAAUUUCGGACCUGACGUUACCAGGCCACAAACAGUCCAGCUAUUGAAGAAGUUUCUGAAGAAUCACGUGAUUGAGGACGUGAAAGGAAGAUGGGGCUUGGAGGACCUGGACGACAACAAUCACCUGUAUAGGUUUCCAUCAACAUCCCCACUGAAGCCAAUUCCCGACGGCAAGCCAGUUCUGAGGAAGAGGAGCGGAUCCAUAAAGGAUAGAGAUAGCUUCUUCAAAUUUAGGAGCUCAAAGAUAUUUGACAAAGAAGUUCAAGAGAACGUGGAUCCAGAAAGCCAAGCUUCCCCCACUGAAGCUGAAUCAGCAGAGGUACCUCAGUGUAGAGAAAUCACUGAGGAAGAUGUGCAGAAUGUGUGGAGGAACGUCACAUUAACACAUUUACAGAAAAUAUUAGGAUUGACUUCCCUUGAUGAAGUUGUGGAUCUGUCUCAAGUCAGUGCUCGCUGCAUUGUGUAUAACGUGACCAAAGUCAACAAGCAUGGAGUUGUUGCUCUAGAAGAUAAAACUGAGGACUUCCCACAUUGGGUCUUAUCAGCAAUGAAAUGCCUUGCCAACUGGCCGAAGUAUGAUUCAAACCAGCCGUCCUACCCGGGCUUUGAGAGGGACGUGUUUAAAACGGUGUCUGACUACUUCUGUAGCCUCCCCCAACCUCUUCUCACAUUUCAGUACUAUGAGUUAUUUGUUAACAUUCUGGUCCUGUGUGGCUACGUCACAGCUCCUAAAACUCACAGAGGAAAACGUAAAAACCAAGAGGCUCCUCUGUGCCCACAGCCUGCUAAAGCCCCUCACCUGAACCCAGCAAUCUCAUUCAGAUCCACCGAAUGCCUUCUGUUAAGCUUGAUUCGGAAGGAGGCUUUUGAGGAGACGGAUUCACCCAUGAGAGAAGUGUUCGGCUCUAAGGCGGAGUCCAGGUUGACAGCCCUGAAGACUGGGCAAAAGUGUCUUACUGCAGGAGGCAGGACCAGUGCUGGGCACGCAUUGGGAGGCAGCUGUUUCGACCUGCCUCGGUCGAACAGCAUCGGCGAGUCGACGUCCGUCAGGCUUCGCCCUAGGAGCUGCUCUGUGGAGACGAUCCUGGAUGCCUCGGCAGACUCGUGCUCUCAGCGGCCGUUUUUCAAGUCCAUCGAAAACCUGCUUACCUGUAAGAGCACCAGUAGCAGCCAGUCCCCUCCUCAAAGCAUUGCGGACUCCUCCCUAGAGGUCAACCCUAAAAUGGCUAGUUUGUCCUGCAACUCCAGCCCUGACACAUCCGGUUCUGACGUCUACAGCGGUCACACGGCCAGUAGCAGCGGCAACAGCGUCCCUCCCACCAAUCGCUGCCCUGUGCAAAACCAACCGACCAAUCAGAGAGCGACCAGAGCCAGGCCCAGGAGCACGGGUAACUGCAUUGACGUCUUAAAGCACAGAGAUUUGUCUGCCAGCUGCUCCAGCAUCAACGCUCCUGUGGCUGAGAUAACCAUGAGGCCAGACUUUUCCUCCACCGUCGAUCUAAGGGGCCCCAACUUGCAUGGAAGCUGCAUGGAUGUCAGGGCGGGGCCAGGGGUCGGCAGACGCUGCCAGAGUUCCCUGGACCUGUACAAGCCUGCUCUCGCUCACCUGUCUGUGUCCACUGUUGCACGCUACCGCCAGCCGAGGCCUGAACAAAGUGUCAUUCAGCCUCCUCUGGAACGCGUUGCCAUAGAAGCACUGCAGCUCUGCACGCUGCUGCUCCCCCCCGCCAGCCGACGCAAACUGCAGCUGCUCCUGCGGAUGGUCUCUCGCAUGUGCCAGAACGUGGACAUGCCAAGGCUUCACGACGCCAUCGGAACGCGCACGCUGAUGGUCCAGGCGUUCUCGCGCUGCGUGCUGAGGUGCGAGGAGGAGAUGGACCUGGACGAGCUUUUGGCCACCAGGCUGUUGUCCUUCCUCAUCGAUCACCAUCAGGAAGUCCUGCAGGUGCCCGUGUACCUGCGUGCCGCCGUAGAAGACCACCUCUCCUACCUCAGAACGCAGACUACACGCCCCAUCCUAGGAGCUGGCGUUUCCAUGCCGACCUAUUCAUUCUGCAGACAGAUCAGCUCUCAGGAGUUUGAAGAGCAAAAAUAUUCCGUUUCGCAAGCCGCCAUCGCCGACCUCCUGGAGAGCCUUAUCAAGGACAAAACCAUGUCUGUGAAGGAGAAGAAAAAAAGACUCAAACUGUUUCAGAAGGAGUAUCCCGAUAUCUACUCGUGCCGAUUCCCCACCACGGAGAGCGAGGCCCAGCUUUUUGCAGAUAAACCAAAGAUUAAACCGCCAAUGUUAAUAAGCUUGAAGAAAACCAAAACGUUCGGCAUAAGAAACUGA